CCCUUUUUUUUUUUAUUGCUCUCUUUUUUUUAUUACGAAAUUUUUACCCAGCAAGACAAAAAUCAAGCAAAAAAAAAAAAAACAUCAUUAACCGUUUCCUUUGCCCCCCGUUUUUUUUCUGUUUUUUAUGGCUAAAAUCGAGGACAACACAAAGCGUCGUUCGAACGAAAUGGAUGAACAAAGUGUUACUUCAAUUCCUCCCAAGAAACGUUUCCUUUCAAGAGCUUCUUCUCCUGACGAAGAAGACGAUCAAGACGACGACCAUGAAGACGCUUCCGAUUCCUUCAAGGAACCUUUAGAAGCUUUUCGUAAAGAUGCAAUAAUGAGACAAUGGAAAGAAUACAUGAGAUCUGUAAAGAGAUGGAAAAAAUAUGUAGAACAAGCUGAGCAAAACAAGUCUAGUAGUGAAGAACACCUAAGACUUUGGGAAGAUUCAUUUAAACAACUUCAAGUAUUUCUUUCAAACAUCAUUCAAGAGAGCAUGUCUAGUCUUGGACAAUCUUUCAACAACGCGAUAGAUGUAAACACACAAGAUUUUGAACAAGUUUUGCAAGAAGAAUGGGCCACUGAUUUAGCUCCCAACAUGUUGACCGCAUUCAAAAAUAAGGACUAUAACGACUCGACCAUCGCCAAGUUAAAUCAACUCAUGGAGUCAUGGAUUACCAAAAGAGAAGAUAUAACAACAGGUUUCGAGUCUGUUUUUGAAGAUAGUUCAUUAAAAGAAAUUAAAAAAUCGCACAGCAGAAUUCUUGCUUCGUGGGUCCAUACGCAAAGAUCACUUAGUCAAGUCAAGAAUCGUUACAAACUAUCCAAUUUUAAGUAUCUAUUCUUGUCUGAGGAAUUAAGGAUAUUAAACAAUAGAUUGGAAUUGACAGAAAGUAAUUUACGCCAAGCUCAGUCAGAGUUAGAGAAGCAAGAAUUAAAAAAUCUUGUCAAGACAGAAGAUGCAAAGAAACCUAGUAUCACUAUUCCUACACCUGUUCCCGCUGUUACUGCUGCUGCUGCUACUUCUACUGCCACCGAAGUUUUCCCUGUUACAAAUCCAGCCUCCACUACUAACACCACUAUUUCUACAGCCAGUACUGCAUUUAAUAAUCCAGACAAUUCCCAUGACCCAUUGAUACGUGCACAACAAAUUCUUGAGCAAAAACUACAUGACAUUGAACUUAUCAAGGAAGAUCGAAUUCUACUAAAGCAACAAAUCGCCAGAUUAGAAAUGGACCUCAUUUGUGUACCCGAAUCGCGGAUAUACAAGGCGCCCAUAUGUCGAAAUCUAUCACAAAGUCGAGUUUAUCACAAAGAUAAAUGCAACCAUCUUUCCAACAUUUGUCAUGACCUUACCAGCACAUUGGAGGAUUUGACUUCCAAUCGACGUAAAUUGAUCAAGGAAUUGGAUACAGGCCAAGUCAAUUAUUUCAAGGAAAUGCGCGAUCAACUGGCGAAACUCGACGGUGACCUGACGCGCAUUCGUGGUGAGCGUGAUAAAUUACAGAUGCAUUUUGAGGAAAAGAAGGCCUCUUCAGAGAUAGGUCGAGCUUCCAUUGUUGAAUUAAAAGUCAUUGCGGAUACAAGAAAGGAACGUGUCAAUUAUCUCGAAACGGAAGUUUUACGUUUACAAAAGAAAAUGGCGGCUAGAACAGGUGUGAAAGAAUACUAUGAUCUCUUGUUAAACAGUGAUGGUCGAGAGCCUUUACUCUUACCUUUACAAAAUCAAUUGAAGGCCCUGGAAGAGCAACUCGAACAGAAAAAGGCAUCGCUACAUAUCGACAACUUGGACCAGGAAUUGGCUCGUAUUUCGGAAAUGAAGCAACUCGAAUUAGAGGCUGACGCUUUUCAAAACAAGUAUGGAUUUCAUCCCUCCGCUCCCAUGGAUGAUUUAAACGUUCAAAAAGUUCUGCAGGACAGAAUUGAAAAUGAAAAACGCAUCAUUUCUGAAUCCCAAGAAAAAAUACAGAGUCUGGAAGCCACAGAGAAACAACUCUUGAGUGAAAUCGAAAGUGUUUCAAAUGCUUACGCUGAACUUGAGGAUGGAAAUAUGGAUAAAGUAAAAGAAUUAUAUGCGCUGGAAGAGGAAGUAUUAAAGUUACAAUCAGAACGUGUCAAAUACAAUCAUACUUUUACUGCUCUCAACAAGACAAAGGAUGCUCUUUCCAUGGUAGCAAAUUCGUUGUCUAAGCAAGGUGAUAAACAACUGGCUCAUAUCAAACAAAUGAAUGAACGUGAAAAGAAUCUUGUCAGUCAAUCCACUUGCUUGAAGCGUGAAUAUGAUUCGAGUAAAGCCGUGUAUGAAAUAUAUAAACAAAAGAGCGAAGAAACAAAAUUAACGUUGGAUGAACUGAAAGAAAAGGCUCUCUUUGCCAAGGAUAAAAUAGCAGAGCUUCAAACUUCGAUUCUUGAUAAAAUACGAUUGAUUGAGGAAGGGGCACAUACAAGACUUCGCUUAGAAGAGAGUAGUGAGCUUUUGAAGCGUAAAGUGGAUUCAACCAAUAAGGUGGAAAAACCCGCCGAGAUGAAACUAAGGAAAGAACGAGAAGAAUACAGGUCGUUACUAAAUUGUAGUUCCUGUCGAACAAGAUUAAAGUCACACAUCAUUUUGAAAUGUAUGCAUACAUUUUGUAAAGAAUGUCUAGAUUCAAGAAAAAGGUGCCCAAGUUGUGAAGAACCUUUCAGUGUUCAUGAUGUAAAACAGUUUUAUUUUUAAGAACAAAUCUACCACCCACCCUCACUACACCUUCAUUCCCACAUCCCCCCAACAACAACAAUCCCCCCCACACCCAUAAUGUACAUAUUAUUAUACUAUUAUUAAUUCGUUUUUCUUCUUUCCCAUAAAAACAUUUAAAAAUGAAAAAUAUCCAGUGUUUACUCUAAUAACUGAUCUACUACAUUCGCACCAAUGAUCUUGGAGUGACCCAGAUCUUUGAUACAGUUGCUGUUAAUAUAUUAGAAAUGGAUUUUGGUAGCACCAACAUUUGUAACUAACAAAAAGUUCAAUAGAAACCA